AUGAAUACAUUCAUCUGGCGCACAUACCUCAUAGCCACUAAAUUAAAUACUAGCAAAAUAUACCUCAAUCAUCUACAUAAAGAAUUCUCUAAUAAGUACCCACAGAUGCAGGCAUCAAAACAAAGAUUGGGAGAUAAAUGCAGAGCUAUACUUAGAAAUAAAUUACUCCCACAAAAACUAUUAGAUCAAAUAAGGAAUGAAGUUGCAGUAUACUUACAACAAACACACAGUAAUAUGAACCACAUACAAACCGACUCGAUCACGCAACCACAUUUUAGCAGCCAGCAAGGCUUAACACAAAGAAGAAGAUGGACAGCUGAGCAAAACGAAUCUAUUGUAAGAAAUUACUACAAAAUCACCGAACUUGGAGAAAAUAAAUCAGCUUAUCGUCGACCCCUCCAUCAAGCAGUCUUAGAUGAACAUCCUGAGUUAACAGGUGUAAGUGAACAGAGAAUAUCAGAUCAGCUCAGAGUAAUAUUGAACAACAAAAUGAUUAAUGACCAAAGACUUCAAGAGAUACGUGACAAUAUAUCAAGCAAGCUGAAUUCCCAACGAGACAAUUUAGAAAGUAAUUAUUCACAUAUCACAUUACAACACACGACCUUUACGGCCGAAACAGAAAACUCACAAGAAACUGACAUUCAUCCAUACAUUAUAGAAAGUAACACUCCCGUGCAUUCAUCUAGUUUAACCUUACAAUCUCAAACUGAAGAAUCAGUGGUACCUACUCAAGCCUUUGAACCUCAACAAAACCAAGCAAUAAAAAAUAACGACGCGGAAAAUAUCCAGGAACUGUUUAGAAUGGCAAUAGACAAAUUUCGGAACACCAACCCAACUAAACGACCUUAUAUACCAAAACAAAAAACUUCUAAAAGGCUAGCCCAAAUUGUAGAUUUUAUAAACACUGAAAUAUUACCAAAUUACAUAUCGAGAGAGCAGGACUUUGAGACCACUCAGACCAUAAUUUACUGCGCGGCAUACACAGCAGCUAUAAGUAACGGAACAAAAAUCAGAGACACAAACACACUGCCCACCCAAAUUCGAAAUAAAGAACCCGCCUGGCAGACAAGGUUGACAAAAAAGGUACAGGAUUUCAGAAGAGACAUUGGAAGACUAACAGAAUAUAUCAAAGGCAACAGAAGCAAUAGACUCAUCACUUUAGUAGAAGCAAUAAAAAAUAAAUACCGAAUACAUUCACAGCACGAAGAACCCAAUUUGAGCGAUGAACAAUUUCUUGACACACUUAAACAAAAACUGAAUGCGACAUCUAGCAGAUUAAAAAGAUACCUUAACUGUACACUUAGGAAGUCACAAAAUAGCCAGUUUAUCAACAAUGAAAAACAAUUUUACAGGAACCUGACUUCAGACACGCAACAUGACACACAUAGAAAUAGGCAAGAUGCACCAUUACCACCUGCCAAUGAAUUACAUAGCUUCUGGUCUGGUAUAUGGUCUGUGCCGGUACAACAAAACACAGAGGCGGAAUGGCUGAACACAGAUUUCAAAGUAACUGAUACUAUCACAACGAUGGCAUUUGAACAAAUACCUUUGGAAGUAUUUGUGCAUAUAUUAAAAAAAUCCCAUAGCUGGAAAGCACCUGGAAGCGACCGCAUACAUAACUACUGGUAUAAGAAACUUACAGCAAUUCACCCUCUACUUCAUAACCAUAUCAAUAAUUUUAUACAAAAACCAGACAUAAUGCCCCGAUACAUUACACAAGGCCUCACCUACAUGAUUCCGAAAGACGCAGAUCAUCAAAAUCCUGCCAAAUACAGACCUAUCACAUGUCUCCAAACCAUUUAUAAACUACUUACAGCAUGUAUAACUGAACUCUUACAUCAACAUAUAGCCAAUAACAACAUUCUUGCUGAAGAACAAAAAGGAUGUCGAAAAAGUAGUCAGGGGUGCAAAGAGCAACUCAUAAUAGACUCCGUAGCAAUGAAACAAGCUAUUUCUAAUAGGAAAAACAUCAGCACAAUGUAUAUAGACUACCGAAAAGCAUUUGACUCCGUACCGCACAGCUGGCUCCUAUAUGUACUACAACACUAUAAAAUUCACCCACAAAUUAUACAUUUUCUUAAAAACUCAAUGCAGCACUGGAAAACUACUUUAAAAACCAUUGGAACUUCUUGUUUAGAAAUACCAGAAAUUCCAAUACGUCGAGGAAUAUUCCAAGGUGAUGCGCUCAGCCCUUUAUGGUUCUGUCUCGCAUUAAACCCUCUCUCGCAAAUGCUGAACAAAACCAAUCAUGGUUACUCUAUCAUCACUCCACACAAACACACCACUCUUACACACCUGAUGUACAUGGAUGACAUAAAACUAUACAGUAACACUACACAGUCACUGCACCGCCUUGCAGACAUCACCCAAUCUUUCUCAAACGACAUUCAUAUGGAGUUUGGGAUCGACAAAUGCAAAACGUUCUCGGUUAAAAACCGAAAAAUUAACCGUAAUAGCUAUAGCCUAAUAUCAGGAGACACGAUUGAACCCCUAGAACCGUUAGCCGCAUAUAAAUACUUAGGUUUCCAACAAGCGCGACAGAUUCAUCAAAAGGAAACGAAAGAAGAUCUCAAAAAGAAAUUUAAACAUCGGCUCAAUAGUAUAUUCCGGUCUCAGCUCAACUCCCGCAACAUGUCAAAAGCUAUCAACAGUUACGCAAUCCCCAUACUGACAUAUUCGUUUGGUGUAAUAAGCUGGACUCAAGGUGACCUUACCAAUCUACAACGUAUUAUAAAUACCACUCUAACGGCUCACCGCAAGCACCACCCUAGAUCCUGCGUACAAAGGAUGACUCUUUCAAGAUCCGAUGGAGGACGAGGUAUAAUAGAUGUACUCAACUUGCAUAACAAAGAAAUCAAAUGCCUUCGACAAUAUUUCUAUCAACGCUCAGAACACUCACCUUUCCAUGAAAUAGUAACCUUAGCCGACAAACGCUUCACACCACUUAACCUUGCAGACCGAAAUACACAGCGCAACGAACGGAUCACUGACGUAAAAGAGAAGAUCGCCUCAUGGCAACAGUAG